UUUUUUGUUUAUAUUCAGUGUUUGUGUGUGAGCGUCUUUGGUGUAAUUAAAUGGUUAUAUAUUGAUCAUAAUGUUUAAUGAUGAAAUAUUUUCGAUAUUCCGCCAGGAACAUUAUCCAACAUUUUAUAAAUAUAAUGGAUUGCCAAAAAUUUGGAUCGAUAUCAAUUUAUUUCGUUUGGUUGCAUUAUUUACAGCCGCAUUAUUGGCUUUUUUAAUUAUUAUUCCGGGAUUUCGUGGCAAGAAAUUUUCGGUCGUAUUACGUUGGAGUACCAGUUUGGUCAUUUUGUUUCUAAUACUUUAUUGUAAUCUGAUGCCAUAUUGGGAACGUGGACAGAUACGAUCACAGAUGCCAUAUCGUUUUGGACGAAAUUUAAAAAUUGAUGCAACAAUUGGACUUGAUAUUGGACUAAGUGGUAUCAAUAUUACAUUGAUUGGCAAUCCAAUCAAUCAACAUAAUGAUACGAUUGAUUUUAAUGAAUAUUUUGAUUGGACAUGGUCACAAGGAAAACCUGGUUUUGGUUAUGAUGCUGGUAGUCUACAAAAAAAUUAUCGUCGUGCACAAUUUCGUGGCCUACCAUAUCCAAUUCUAUGGGUAGCUGAAACAUUUACAAUUGAUUAUGAAUCAAUACAUAUUGGUCGAUAUUAUCGGCAAGCCGGUUGGCUGGCACAUAUAUUCCUUUGGACGGCUAUACCAUUAUUCAUCUUGUGCAAUAUACUAUUUCAAAUGGUCAUCUAUUAUGGAUCAUUAUUCAUUAUAUUCACUGGCAUUAGUUUAUUGAGUGCCAAUUUUGUCAUGAUGUUCUAUUUACAUUAUUCAAUACCAUUAACAUUGGCAUUUGAAAAUGGUUUCUUAAUCACACAUUAUUCAUGGUGUUUUUAUAUCAAUCUAAUCAAUGGAAUAUUAUGCAUUAUAAUCGGUAUUAUUACAUUGAUUGCCGAUCUCCGUUUACCGGAUGAAACGGCCGAAUUUUUCGGCAAUGAUGUAUUACAAAGUUAUGAGGAUUAUUUUGCCGAUCCACAGGAUAAUUUUGGGCCAAAUGAAUUUCAUAAUAUUCAUUCGAAAAGCGAUAAUGAAGUUUUGUUACGAAGAAAAGAACAACAACAAGUGAACGGCGAAAAGGUCAUGACACAUCAAGCAAUUAUGAUGGGUGGCGUAACAAGAGGAUUAAAGAAACGAACCUUAUCGAAUCGAUUUUCACGUUUUCAAAAAUCAACAAUACGUUCUGUCAAAAAACCGGAUACACAUACGAAGACGACGACAACCGAUAGAAGACAUUAUCAGGAUGAUGAACCAAAUAAUAACUCUGCGAAUGAAAUCAUUAUAGAUGAUGAUGAUGAUGAUGAUGAUGACGGUGAUGUUGAUGUUGAUGUUACGUUAAUGUCAAACAUGGCUAAUGAUGGUGGUGAUAAUAAACAAUCGGAUGAAAUUCCAUUAUAUGAAAAUUUUCGUCAAUUUUCAACCAUCGGUGAAGAAAAGGAAGAUGAUAAUAAUGAAAUGUAAAUAUUAAUUUAAAAAAAAAUCAGGCUGCCAUCUAGCGUUAGCGGUAUUGAUUUGAGGAAACCAAAAAAAUUUAUUCGAUUCGUUUGUGUUUGUUUGUUUGUUUGUUUGACGAACAAAGAUUGUGAAAAGUAAAUAUUAAUCUCAUGUUGAUGAUGAGAAAGAGAGUUUUAAAUUUAAAUAAAUAAAUAUAAAACUUUGCAUUUGCA